ACAAUGAAGUUCGCUCAAUUUUUGAUGAAAAACAGCUCAGUGGCCGGAAUACCGAAGCAAGUGGAGAGAUUUUCCAAGUUCUCGCCGUCGCCUUUGUCGAUGAAACAGUUCAUUGACUUUGGCUCUGCCAAUGCAUGUGAGAAGACCUCCUUUGUGUUCCUGAGGCAGGAGCUCCCUGUCAGGCUGGCUAACAUCAUGAAGGAAAUUGAUUUCCUCCCGGACAAGCUCCUUGGCACUCCUUCCCUAAAGCUCCUCACCAGUUGGUAUUCACAGAGUUUGCUGGAGCUUGUAGAGUUUUUAGAGUGCGAUCCAGACGAUAAGAACAUUCUGACAAACUUCACGCAAACCCUAAUCAAGAUCCGCAACCGACACAACAACGUGGUGCCCACCAUGGCUCAGGGUGUGGUGGAGUUCAAGGAGGCCUUUGGAGUGGACCCCGUGACCAACCAGAACGUCCAGUACUUUCUGGAUCGCUUCUACAUGAGCCGCAUCUCCACACGCAUGCUCAUGAACCAGCACACAUUAAUCUUUGACGGCAGCGUGAACCCGGCGCACCCCAAGCAUAUCGGCAGCAUCGAUCCCACCUGUGACGUUGUGGAGGUCAUAAAAGAUGCUUAUGAAACAUCAAAAAUGCUGUGUGAGCAGUAUUACCUUACCUCACCAGAUAUGGAAAUCACACAAGUAAACUCCAAAACUCCAGAGCAGCCUGUCCACAUUGUUUAUGUGCCGUCACACCUUUACCAUAUGCUAUUUGAGCUCUUCAAGAAUGCGAUGCGAGCAACAGUGGAAACCCACGAGACAAGCCCAACGCUGCCUGCCAUCAAAGUGCGCGUCUCACUGGGCACUGAGGACCUGACUAUCAAGAUGUCUGACAGAGGCGGUGGCGUCCCGCUGAGGAAAAUUGAGCGGCUAUUCAGCUAUAUGUACUCCACAGCUCCUAGCCCUGUACAUAUAGACAACUCUCGUAACGCACCACUGGCCGGUUUCGGCUACGGCCUUCCUAUUUCCCGUCUCUAUGCCAAGUAUUUCCAAGGCGACCUACAGCUCUACUCCAUGGAGGGCUACGGAACUUCAGCUGUCAUUUACUUAAAGGCGCUUUCAUCUGAGUCGGUGGAAAGGCUGCCCGUGUUCAACAAGUCAGCCCUUCGCCAUUAUCAGUCCACCAUAGAGGCCGACGAUUGGUGCAUGCCCAGCAAGGAACCAAAGAAACUGGGUAGGAGCGAGAGGACUCACUCAUGA